AAGAGCACACUAGACCGAAGCUGAUUGACGCGUGUAGGGCGCCCUUACCAGCGGUGGACCCAGUUCGCCACGUCGAGACGUCGCUGGACCGCCACCUAAGGGACCGACGCAGACUCGAGUUGGACCAAAUCGCGAUGUCGUGUCAGGACCUGGAUACCUCAGAACACCAGUCCGUCCUGGAGGAACUGCAGGCCGUCCUCACCCUUCUGGAGGACCUGGCUGUUGAACCUCAGAACAGCAUCCCUGACGUGUUCCUGUGGCUCAUGAGCGGGACGCGACGCCUCGCCUAUGUCAGGAUCCCCGCCCACGCCGUCCUUUAUUCCCACGACCUGGCCGCCCAGGGAGAGCUGGCCGGGAAGUUCAAUACCUACACCCUCUGCUACCCAGACAAGGAUGAGAGCUUCGUGGGCGGCGUCGUGCGGGCGUCGGUGUGGCUCGGGCAGGAGGCGGACGUCAGGUCCUGGUGGGACAACAGGCCAGACGUCCAGCUCACCGUGUAUGCCGAGUCGUAUGAGAAUCAGGUGAUCGCCGUGCCCGGCAGCGGCAAGUGGGGCACCAGCGGCCUCCUGCUCACGCGUCCCGCCUUCUCCGACGCCGACGGGCGCCUCAGCCUCCCCCGCGAAGCCUUCCCGGAGCCCGAGGGAUGGAAGUUCCAAGGGGACUGGUUCGUCGACCCGGACCCCAGUGUGAAGUACGAGGCGGACGCAGGGCGACAGCUGUUCACGGAGGAGGUGUACGAGCAGCAGAUGCGCGUGCCGGGCGGGACGUGGCUCCCCGCCCCCAACACGUGGACCGACGCCCGCGGCGACCCGGCGUCCAAGCGAGAUGAGAUCCCUUGUCCAGACGGAUGGAAGUGGCGGGACUUGUGGUCGUACGACCUGCAGCGCGCGGUGGACGGCGAGGGCUGGGAGUACACCGUGGAGAGCGGUCUGGUGGGCUGGUCGCCGCAGGAGAAGAUCUACCACGUGACCCGCAGGAGGAGAUGGAUUCGCGAGCGCUUCCUGGUCCACAAGGUCGAAAAGCACCAGGAAGUAGGGCAGGUGGAGGGCUGGGAGUACGCCCCCCUGUUCCGCCUGCAGUUCCACGCCCUCGAGAGGAAGGUGGACGUGGUGAGGCGCCGAAGGUGGAGGAGGCGCCUUGUGCCCGCCCAGCCCGGAGGAGCCCCGCCCACGCCAAGGCUCGUCGUGAAGGCGGGAGAUGGCGACGACGCAAUCACGCAGCUCACGUGCCCACGGAUGUACGUGGUGAGUGCCGAGCGCCACACGUUCCAGCUCCGUGCGCACGUGUACCAGGCACGUGACUUGCCGGCGGGAGAUAAGACAGGGCUUUCGGACCCCUACGCCGUGGUGAGCUUCUGCGCAGGAACACAGCAGACGGAGAAAGAGAGGGCGACGCUGUGUCCUACGUGGGACCAGACGCUCAUCUUUGACGACGUGAAGCUGGCGGGCCCCGUGCUCACGACCCGCACGCAGGCGCCGCAAGUGGUCGUCGAGGUCUUCGACUGGAAUGCCAAGGGCGCCCCGGAAUUCCUUGGGCGAGUGUUCUGCUCUCCUACCAUAGUCGAGCUGGGCGAGGCGUACCAGGCACUACCUCUGAAGUGGUACCCGCUCUCGCGAGGGAAGGACAAGCAAGGUGAGCUCCUGGCGUCAUUCGAGCUCCUCCCGAAGGACUCGGCGGAGGAGCUGCCCAUUCUUCCCCCGACGCGCGGAGACUUCUACAUGGUCCCCGUCGGCGUGAGGCCUCUCCUGCAGAAGACCAGGGUUGAGGUGCUGUGCUGGGGCUUACGCAACAUGACCACCUUCGAGCUGCAGCCCGUGACACGUCCGUCGAUCAAGUUCGAGUGCGGCGGCGGGCGGGUCACGUCGCCCGUCAUGGCCAACCUAAGAAUCAAUCCCAAUUUCGACAAGCCUCACCUGGUCUUCGAUGUGGAACUCCCGAAAGAGGACCUGUACAUGCCGCCGCUGACCCUGCGCGUGGUCGACCACCGGGCCUUCGGGAGCAAGCCCGUCGUGGCCACCGCUGUGGUGUCCGACCUUCACCAGUAUACCGUGGAGCCCAAAUCUGCAAGGAAGAAGCGGAAGAGAAAAAGGGUCCCUUCGCACCUCAGAGAGAGCUUGCCAGCCACCACUCUGCCGCUGCUGAACCCCAAGGCGGCCAAGGACAAGCCAGGUACAGUGGAUACAGACAUCGACUGGUGGGCCAAGUAUUAUGCGUCGUCGGGCCAGUCCAACCGCUCCGGGGCCUAUCUGUCCAAGGGAUACGAGAAGAUGGAGGUGCUGUCAGGAGCCCUGGAGGACGAUGGCAGGUUCUCCGGUUUCCGCGACCUCGUGGACACCGUGAAGUUGUUCCGAGGGCGAGGAGAUCAGGCUCAAUUCGCCGGCGAGUUCAAGGGCACCUUCCGCGUGUAUCCCCUGAACCAAGAGGAAGGCGAGGACCAACCGCACAUCCUGUCCGGCUUCCCUUCCCCCGACCCGCAGGAGGUGAUCGCUCGCGUCUACGUGGUGCUGGGGACGGACCUGGCUCCCAAGGACGCCGGGGGUUCCUCUGACCCCUACGUCACGGUCGAGUUUGGGCAGACGAAGAGGUCCUCCAAGGACGACUUCCGACCCAACACACUCAACCCCGUGUUCGGACACGUGUUCGAAGUUGGAGGAACGUUGCCUCUCCACAAGGACCUUCUGGUGCAGGUAUGGGACCGCGACCUCGCCACCUCGGAUGACCUCAUCGGAGAGACCACCAUCGACCUGGAAAACCGUUUUCUCACCCGGCACCGUGCCACGUGUGGGCUCCCGAGGCAGUACCACUGCUUGCCUGCAGGAGCGGCUCCAACGCCUGGAGGGACGCGGAGACUCCCUUUCGAAGUGCUGGCGGGCGUCGCCAAGCUGAGGAACCUCGAGGCGCCCGUGUGGCAUGCUCAGCCCCCUGCCAUUGCCGUCGCGGGCAACAGUUACCCUCUCACGGAGUUCGAAUCCCCUGACGCGUCGCUGCCAUCAACCGUGGGUCCUCCAAAGGAGCGUCUGGCUCUCUACAUUCUGCACAAGCACUUCGCGCUGGUGCCCGAACACGUGGAGUCCCGCGCCCUCAUGCACUCUGCUCGGCUUGGCGUUCCCCAGGGGCAGCUGCGCCUGUGGGUCGACCUCUUUCCUGCCUCCGCACAGCCGCUGCCUCCGCCCAUGGACAUCACGCCACGGCGCCCUCGCAAAUAUACGCUGCGAGUAGUCGUAUACAAUGUAUUCGACGCGCCGCUCCAGGAGACCAGCUUAGUCGGACGGGAAAAGAUGAGCGACGUCUACGUGAAGGGCUGGCUGCAGGGAACCAAGAACGUGCAGAAGACAGACAUCCACUACAGGUGCAUGGACGGAGAGGCGAACUUCAACUGGCGCCUCGUCUACGACCUGGACAUGAUGGAGGCGGAGCAGAUGAUGGUGGUGGAGCACAAGGAGCACCCGUGGAGCCUCCACACCACGCAGGAGAGGCGGCCUCCUCAACUCACGCUCCAGCUCUGGGACAACGACCUGAUCCUCAGGGAUGACUAUCUGAGCGAGAUGACCCUCGACCUGUGCCACAUGCCAAAGCCAGCGAAGCGCGUGGGCGGCGUCGGGCCCGAGCAGGUGCCGCAGAUGCAGGGCGACGGCGACGCCAACAGCGUGGCCAUCACGCUGCUCGACGACCACUCGACCGUCGUCAACCUGUUCGAGGCCAAGCGCCUCUACGGCUUCUUCCCCUUCAUCAGGGUCACCGAGGGCGUCACCGAGAUCGCGGGUAAGAUUGAGAUGGAGUUGGAGGUGCUGACGGAGGAGGAGUCGAAGACGAGGCCAGCGGGCAUGGGUCGAGACGAACCCAACAUGAACCCCAAGUUGCCAGAACCCAAUCGCCCCACCACCUCCUUCCUGUGGAUCCUCUCGCCUUGGAAGUUGUUCAGACACAUCUUCUGGAAGAACUACAAGUGGUACUGCAUCACGCUGGUCGUCCUCGCACUUCUCUUCCUGUUUCUGCUCCUCCUGCUCUAUUCACUGCCGGGCGCUACCAUCGACUACCUCAUCGGCGUGGACUAACGAAGUCAACGGCGAGGGUGUCACUGCCUGUGCGCGUGUGUAUGUUUGUUCAUUAUUUGUUACAUGUGGGUAGAGUAAAUCAGGGUGUCAAGAUUUUAUUGUGGCUUCAUCUUGACAUCUGUGCGUGAUGGAAGACAGAUUAAUCAUAUAAUAGGAGAAAUUAAUAUAAAAAUGUAAACAGAUGUUUUUUUAUCAAAACAAUCCAGUAAUAGUAUAACAUUUAUGAAACACAGAUCUUUAUUGAUAAUUCACUUAGACACUAGUUGAAACUGCAAAAACUGAAUUUUAUAUGUUAAAAUUUACUAGAUAUACAAUA